GAUAUAAAUCUUGAUUCAAUUAUUGGUAAACGUUUUUCACAAUUAACUCAUACAAUAACAUCAACACAUUUAAUUGAAUCAAUUGAUUAUUUAAAUAUUGAAAAUAAUUCUUCAUCAAAUUCAAAUUGA